AUGGACAGCGCUGAAAAGGACCUCGAAGGAGGAUCUUCCUCAUUCUGCAUAGAUCAGAGCACCACAACAACCAGCCCAGUCUCCGAGAAGUCUGUGCCUCCACCCCCAGAUCAUGGCCUCAGGGCCUGGCUCCAAGUCUUGUGUAUGCACCUCGUCUUCCUCAACACCUGGGGCGUAAGCAACGGCUUUUCCAUUUUCAACCAACUGUACACCAAAACCCUUCCAGAAUCCAGUUCCACCAUCUCAUGGAUCGGAAGCAUCCAGAUCUCGCUCCUCUUCUUUUUUGGUGUCUUCGCCGGCCGCGCUACAGACGCAGGGUACUUCAGGCUCAUGUACAUGGCCGGUGCGUUCUUCCAAGUUUUCGGGUUCUUCAUGCUGUCAUUGUGCAAGGACUACUGGCAGAUCUUCCUCGCCCAGGGCAUCUGCAUGGGAAUCAGCAACGGUCUCACCUUCGGGCCCGGACUGGCUGUCACGUCGUCAUACUUCUCCAGAAACCGCGGGCUUGCAGUAGGGAUCGCCGCAGCCGGCGCAACAACAGGCGGGAUGAUAUACCCUGUCCUAAUACACCAGUUGCUUGAUAUUCACAGCCUCAGCUUUGGCUGGACAGUACGAAUAGCCGCCUUUGUGAUGUUGAUAACCCAGAUUUCCGGCUUACUAUUCUUCCAUCCUCGCCUCCCCCCUCGGCCCUCCGGCCCGUUCCUCGACAGCGCUGCUUUCAAAGAGAAGCCGUUUGUCUUCUUCGCGCUCAGCAUGUUCCUCAAUCUCUGGGGUCUCUACUUUGCCUUUUUCUACAUGGGGACAUUUGCGAGAGACCGGCUCGCCGUACGCGAUACACAGAACUUCAUACUCAUCCAGAACGGCGUAGGCGUGCUCGGCCGGAUCCUCCCAACUCGCCUCGCCGACAGAGUCACAGGAAAAUUCAACAUUCUUAUCCCGCUGAACUUCACUGCUGCCGUUGUUGUCUAUGCGUGGAUAGCCGUGCAUACCGUUGCCGGGCUGUACGUCUUCACAGUGAUCUACGGCCUAGCCGGCGGCGCAGCACAGUCUCUUUUCCCGGCGACAGCGACGACAAUGAUAACUGAUGUACGGAAAACGGGGACAAGAAUUGGCAUGAUUCUUAGCUUUGUGGGCAUCGCGACCCUGACCGGGCCGGCGAUUGACGGAGCGCUGAUUCAGGCGAUGCAAGGAGAGUAUACGGGGGCACAAGUGUUUUCGGGGACUUGUAUUGUGCUGAGAGCUGGGUCAGCGCUGGCAGCAAGAGUGGCGAAGACGGGGUGGAAGUUAAGGGUUGUGGUAUAG